UUGACUUUUUCCAGGGUUCUGGAAGCAAAGAACGUGUUUUUUUGUUGCUCCGAGAAUACCACGAAGGACAGUCGCAGUGCCAGAAUAUCGUGCCUCAUUUCGACAACCAAAGAAAUAAACGAGGAUUCUGCGCUGCUUAUUCACGGAUUGCAAAUAUUUUUCCAACACAGAGGAUAUCACUGUUUAGAUGAACCAGUCCCAUUUGCAACGCAGACCGUGAUUGCUGCGAACGAGGUUGGAAAUGUGCAAAAUGAUGAAACAGUGGUUAAUUAGAA